AUGACAGAGAACAGCAAACGAAAAGCGAUUGCUGUGAGUGGGAUGGUGUCGAAUAUGGUGGGGAAAGAACACGUGCGUUCUUCCAACAAUAGAACAGGGGUUUCGGAAUUCAAUGCGUCCGCUGCUGUUGAGAAGUUAGAGAGAUUUCCGUCUAAGAAUGAUGGUAAUAUUGGUAAUUACAGGAGUUAUGCUAGUGUUGUUUCUCCAACUCUUACUCCAUCUGGCUCCUUUGAAAAUCACAUAAAUCGAAUCACAAUCAAUUUAAGUGGGCAGAGUGUGGAAGAUGGAAUUUAUUAUUUGAAAAAGCACCUUAUAUUUGGUGUAUAUUGUGGAACUCUGGUGCAUCUCCAUGUCAACACGGGAUAUGACGGGUCGGAUCUAAAACAAGCGGUUACGGAUCUCUUAGAUGAUGAAGGUAUCAAGUGGAAGCAGGAAGAAGACCCACGAUGUGUCCUAAUCACAUUCGAUCGGGAGAAGAAAGAGUUGAAAUUCAAUAAAGGUGGUAGAAAUUCCGGUUACCUUAUUUUGAUCGAUUGA